CAGCGGGCACCGCGUCAUCUGGCAAGGGCAGUGGGCACCGAGUCACCAGGCACGACAGUGGGUUCCGAGUCAACUGGCAUGACCAUUGGCACUGGGUCAGACAUUGGAUCGUCUGUCUCGACAGCGGGCAUCGGGUCACCAGGCAUCAGGUCAUUUGGCUCGACAGUGGGCACCGCGUCAUCUGGCAAGGCAGUGGGCACCGAGUCACCAGGUACGACAGUGGGCUCUGAGUCAACUGGCACGACAGCGGGCACCGGGUCAUCAGGCACAACAGUGGGCACCGAGUCAACUGGCAUGACCGCGGGCACUGGGUCAGACAUUGGAUCGUCUGGCCCGACAGCGGGC